AUGACCGUGCCCUGGCGGCCGGGGGAGCGAGACAUCACUUAUAAGGAACAGAAGGACUUGACACUCCGACCCCGUUGCUGCCUUCAGUGCUCCGAGUCCCUAGGGGGCCUUCAGGGGGGCAGAAGCAGCGAGCAGGGUGAUCAAGACCAGCUUAAAGAACUGUAUUCGGCUGGGAACCUGACGGUGCUGGCUACUGACCCCCUGCUUCACCAGGACCCGGUGCAGUUAGACUUCCACUUCCGCCUCACCCCCCAGACCUCUGCCCAUUGGCACGGCCUUCUUUGUGACCACAGACUCUUCCUAGAUAUCCCAUACCGGGCCUUGGAUCAAGGCAGCAGGGAAAGUUUGACUGCAACACUGGAGUAUGUGGAGGAGAAGACCAAUGUGGAUUCUGUGCUUGUAAACUUCCAAAACCACCGGAAUGACAGAGGUGCCCUGCUACGGGCCUUCAGCUACAUGGGCUUUGAAGUGGUCAAACCAGAUCACCUGGCCCUUCCUUCCUGGAACAAUGUCAUCUUUAUGGUGUAUCCCCUUGAAAGGGACCUAGGCCACCUGCCCAGUGAAACUCCCUGA